UUGUGACAGAGCAGGAAGAGGCUUUUUGAUAGACAUCACAGAAAGCCGGUGUAUUUUAUUGGACUUCUGAAAGAAACGAGGACCCAUGGCUGUUAGAGGAAUGAAAUUGUCGAGUGUUUGUUUUCUACUUUUAUAUUUGAUAUUGACAGUACUGGCUGGGAGGGAUUUCUACAAUAUUCUGGGGGUUAGUAAAUCAGCAUCAAUUAAAGACAUUAAGAAAGCCUACAGAAAGCUGGCAUUGCAGCUUCAUCCAGAUAGAAACCAAGAUGACCCAAAUGCCCAAGACAAAUUUGCAGACCUCGGAGCUGCUUACGAGGUGCUCUCGGAUGAGGAGAAAAGGAAGCAGUAUGAUGCAUAUGGAGAGGAGGGUUUAAAAGAAGGCCAUCACAGUUCACACGGUGAUAUAUUCUCCAGUUUCUUUGGCGACUUUGGAUUUAUGUUCGGUGGAAAUAGGCAGCCAGCCGGCCGGGAUAUUCCAAGGGGUAAUGAUAUAGUACUGGACCUUGAAGUAACCCUAGAAGAGGUGUAUUCAGGGAAUUUUGUAGAGGUGGUUCGAAACAAACCUGUAGCAAAAGAAGCCCCAGGCAAAAGAAAAUGCAAUUGCCGACAGGAAAUGAGAACCACACAGCUAGGACCAGGUCGCUUCCAGAUGACACAAGAAGUAGUCUGUGAUGAAUGCCCCAAUAUCAAGCUUGUGAAUGAAGAGAGGACGCUAGAGGUGGAGAUCGAGCAGGGUGUGAGAGAUGAGAUGGAAUACCCUUUUAUUGGGGAAGGUGAACCUCACAUUGACGGUGAGCCUGGAGAUCUGCGUUUCCGCAUCAAAGUUUUAAAGCAUCCAAUGUUUGAGCGCAGAGGUGACGACCUCUAUACAAACGUCACCAUCUCUCUGGUAGAGGCUCUGGUCGGUUUUGAGAUGGACAUCAGUCAUUUAGAUGGUCACAAGGUGCACGUGGUCAGAGAUAAAAUCACUAAGCCAGGAGCUCGUAUUUGGAAGAAGGGUGAGGGCUUACCAAAUUUUGACAACAACAAUAUCCGUGGGUCGCUCAUAGUCACCUUUGAUGUAGAUUUCCCCAAGGAGCAGCUUGAUGACCAGCAGAAAGAUGGUAUAAAGCAACUUCUGAAACAGGCACCAUCUCAAAAGGUUUAUAACGGACUGCAGGGAUACUGACAAACCAGCCAAGUAAAUCAGGACUGAUUGCCCUGUCCCUGCCUGCCCUUCACACACAUACACACUUAAAUGCACACUGAAGAACAAGCAAUGGGGUGUAUUUAUUUUUUUCUGAUUGUUCUCAGGAAGGGUUGACAUUAAUGUUUUAAUUUUUUUUUCUUUUCUUUCAUUUACAUUUUUAAAGGCAUUGUUUUCUCAUGGAAAGAAAUUCUUGUAUUUGACUCAACAUGUUUUUGUCCAAAUUAUUAGUUUUUCCUUAUAUGAUCCAUGGUUUCAUACUUGGAGUAAAUGGUUCAAGACCUUUUUCGUCAGUUUAAGUGUUUGGACACUUACUUUCUGCUAUGACCAGUCAAUCACCAUCCACUCAUGGAUCAGCAUAAUGUUUUGCCCCAGUUGACCUGAGACUGACUGUACCACAAAAACAGAAAGAGGACUGAAACUUCAAACCAGAGGACAAUUUAAACACCUGCCUCAGCACUGUACAUCUUCAAGACCUUAGUCUUCAAAUCUUUUAAGAAAGAAACCGUUAUAUGAAUUUAAGUUCAUUGAGCUUUCUCAACUUAGACUCUUCAGUCUUUGGUCUGCUUGUUUUAAAGAACAGAUUUAUCGCAGUUAGUGUUGUUUUUGUACUCAUCAAGCUGCAAAUUUGUGUGUGUGUGUGUGUGUGAGAGAGAGAGAGAGUGAGAUUGCCUUGUUCUGAUUUGCCGUCUUGCUACAGGUCUGUUUCCUCGGAGGCAUUUACUUGGGUUUUGAAGUUCAAACAGAAAACCUCUUAAACUGUACAGUUCAACUCUUUCCUGUGAAUUUUUUAUGUGACAGACUCGCUUUCUUGUUUCUUUCACAACCCCUCCUGAUGUUCAGCCCAUUGGGUCUCUUCCUAGUUAGUAUGUUUCCUUUGCUCAUUUGUGGACUGUACCAGAAAAAAAUGAACAACUUCUUAGGAUAACUUGUGCACAAGUGAAGGAAAUAUCAUUUGUCAUUUUCAAAUUAAAAAUUAAAAGUUUCUAAUUCUGGUUAACAAUG